AUGUCCUCACCAUUUCUUUGGUAUUUGGUUACCUUAUUGGCUUUGGCUGAAUUAUAUGAUGAAGCUGAGGGACUUGAGCUGCAGCGACAUAAACGAAAUGCUGAUCUUCAACAGCCUCGGAUGGCUGCAGAGAGUGGAAAUUUAGUGUUUCUUACGGGGUCUGCCCAAAACAUUGAAUUUAGAACUGGAUCCCUGGGAAAAAUUAAAUUAAACAAUGAAGACCUUGGUGAAUGUUUGCAUCAGGUCCAGAAAAACAAAGAUGAUAUUACAGAUUUAAAAAGGAAUACACUCAGUCUUACUCAAAAUGUAUCUAGCCAAGCCCAUCAAUUUAAUUCCAAGCUUGUGGAUCUUGAGAAAAAAUUUCAAAGCUUACAGCAGACAGUGGAAAAAAACGUUUGCAGCAGCAAUCCCUGCAGAAAUGGUGGAACUUGCCUCAAUCUGCAGGAUUCCUUUUUUUGUAUCUGUCCCCCACAGUGGGAGGGUCCCCUCUGCUUAGAUGAUAUUGACGAAUGUGACUUUUACUCAGGAACACCCUUGGCCUGCCAGAAUGGAGCCACAUGUGUAAAUACAGUGGGGACUUACAGAUGUGACUGCACACCUGAGACAUAUGGGCCCCAGUGUGCAUACAAAUAUGAUGACUGCAAAAGGGGCUCUAAGGAGCUCUGUGUCCAUGGCAUCUGUGAGGAUUUGGACCGAGUGCAAGUUGGACAGCCUAACUACCGCUGCAUCUGUGAUGCCGGGUGGACAUUUCUGCCCAACAGCCCUGCCUGCACAGAGGAUGAAGAUGAGUGCAGCCCCAAUCCUUGUUCGGAAAAUGUGACAUGUUUCAAUACUCAGGGCUCUUUCUACUGUGGGGCCUGUCCAAAAGGCUGGAAAGGAAAUGGGUAUCAUUGUGAAGACAUCAAUGAGUGUGAGAUACAUAAUGGCGGCUGUUCAGUGGUUCCACUUGUUGAGUGUGUGAAUACACUUGGGUCUUUCCACUGUGGGGACUGUCCACCCGGUUACAAUGGCAAUGGAAGAGUGUGCACUCCUGAAGACAUUUGCUCCUUCAAUAAUGGAGGCUGCCACCCAGAAGCAUCGUGCUCCUCAGCUGUGGGCUCCUUUCCUGUCUGCACCUGUUCCCAAGGAUAUACUGGAAAUGGUUAUGGACCAAAUGGAUGUGUGCGCCUCAGUAACCUUUGCUUACACCACCCUUGUAUAAAUGGGCAAUGCAUAGAUACAGUCUCUAGUUACUUUUGUAAGUGUGAAUCAGGUUGGACUGGUGUCAACUGCACAGAAAAUAUCAAUGAGUGUUUGAGCAACCCCUGUUUGAAUGGGGGAACUUGUGUUGAUGGCAUUAAUGCCUUCGGCUGUGAAUGCACUAGUUCUUGGACUGGAUCUCACUGUCAGACUCCCCAGCAAGUUUGUGGGGGGUCCCUCUCAGGGAUGAAUGGAAGCUUUAACUACAGGAGCCCUGAUACUGGUUAUGUUCACGAUGUUAACUGCUUCUGGGUUAUCCGAACUGAACUGGGGAAGGUUCUAAAUAUCACUUUCAGUUUUUUCGACUUGGAGCCAGUGAACAAUUGUCCACAUGAGUUUCUUCAGAUCCACGAUGGAGACUCCUCUGCAGCUUUUCCACUUGGAAGAUUCUGUGGCCACCAAGGCCCUGAGGGUCUGGUCAGCAGUGACAAUGCGCUGUACUUCCAUCUCUAUUCUGAACACUUGAGAACUGGGAGAGGUGUCACAGUAAGAUGGGAAACACAGCAGCCAGAAUGUGGAGGUACACUGACUGACACUUAUGGUUCAAUCAAGUCUCCGGGGUAUCCUGGAAACUACCCCCCAGGAAGAGAUUGUGUCUGGCACAUUAGAACCAGUGCUGAACUCUUGAUAACAUUUACUUUUGGGACCCUGAGCCUGGAACACCAUGAUGGUUGUGGCAAAGAUUACUUGGAGAUUCGAGAUGGUCCUUUGCAACAAGAUCCUGUUCUUGGGAAAUUCUGCACCACUCUUUCUGUCCCACCACUCCAGACCACAGGUCCUACUGCCAGAAUUCAUUUUCAUUCUGACAAUGAGAUUAGUGACCAAGGCUUCCACAUCACCUACCUAACAUCGCCUUCGGGUCUGCAUUGUGGAGGGAGCUUCGUGGACCCACAGGGUGAGAUCUUUCUUCCUGAAUUGUCUGGAUCUUUGGCUCACAAUAGGCAAUGCUUCUAUGUCAUAAAGCAACCAGAGGGAGAGAAAAUAGAGAUCAACUUCACCCAUGUGGAGCUGGAAGGCCAGAGUGACUGUUCUUACAGUUACAUUGAGGUUCGAGAUGAGGAAACCUUACUUGGAAAAGUCUGUGGCAACGAAACCCUCUCUCCCAUCCGAUCUAUUACUAACAAUGUCUGGAUCAGGCUUAAAAUAGGCACUUCUGUCCAAAGGGCUAGUUUCAGAGCUGUUUAUCAAGUUGCUUGUGGGGGUGAAUUAACUGGAGAAGGGGUUAUUCGCUCACCUUUUUAUCCAAAUGUAUAUCCUGGAGAAAGGACCUGUAGGUGGACCAUCCGCCAGUCCCUAAGCCAAAUAGUUCUUCUUAACUUCACUGACUUGCACAUUGGAAGUUAUACCCACUGUGAUACAGAUUAUAUUGAGAUUGGUAGCAGUUCCAUUUUGGGCUCUCCUGAGAAUGAAAAGUAUUGUGGUUCAGAAGUACCUUCAGUUAUAACAUCCGUGUACAAUAUUCUUUAUGUCACAUUUGUGAAAAGUUCUUCUACUGAAAAUCAUGGUUUCAUGGCUAAGUACAGUACUGAGAAUUUGGUGUGUGGGAAAGUUUUUACAGAGUCAGCAGGACUAAUUGAAAGUCCUGGCUAUCCAAAUAUCUACCCUAAUGGUGUCAACUGUACCUGGCAUAUAUUAGUUCAACCUGGUAAACUGAUUCGUUUGGAGUUUGUUAGAUUUCAUUUGGAGUUUGAAUAUGGUUGCACCAAUGACUACCUGGAAGUUUAUGACACUGGCUCUGAGACAUCUCUUGAGAGAUACUGUGGAACAUCCAUCCCGCCUUCUCUUACCAGCAGUUCUAACUCAGUGAUGCUGAAAUUUGUGGCCAACUCUGACCUCGCUCACGAAGGCUUUUCAAUACAGUAUGCAGCAAUUGACACAUCAGCAGCAUGCUUGGAGGACUAUACAAAUGACUAUGGGUCAUUCACUUCUAAAAAUUUCCCCAGUAAUUACCCCAAUAACUGGGAAUGCAUUUAUAGGAUCACAGUCAACAUCAACCAGCAGAUUGCUCUGCACUUCUUAAACUUUUCUCUAGAGGAAAGCUUUGGUACAGAAUGUACAGCAGAUUUUCUGGAAAUAAGAGAUGGAGGGUAUGAAACUUCACCCCUCCUGGGAAAAUACUGUGGCUCAACUCCACCUCCAAGAAUCAUCUCUCACGGUAACAAACUGUGGUUGAAAUUCAAGAGUGACAUAAUAGACUCGUCAUCUGGAUUUGAAGCUUACUGGGAUGGAUCGGCAACAGGUUGUGGGGGCAAUCUUACCACUUCCACAGGCGUAUUUACGUCUCCCAACUACCCGAUGCCCUACUACCACAGCUCGGAAUGCUACUGGUGGUUAAAAGCCAGCCACGGCAGCCCGUUUAAACUGGAAUUUGAAAACUUCCACUUGGAGUAUCAUUCAAACUGCUCUUGGGAUUAUCUGGCUGUGUAUGAUGGCCCGAGUACCAGUUCUCGUUUGCUAGCUCAGCUCUGUGGGAAUAAGAAGCCCGCUCCCAUCCGCUCCAGUGGAGACAAUGUAUUACUAAAACUGAGGACUGAUGCAAGUCAGGAAGCAGGUGGUUUCAGAAUCAAUUACUUUCAGACAUGUGAGGACGUGGUAAUAGUUAACCCCUAUGGCAUUUUAGAGAGUAUAAAUUAUCCAAAUCCCUAUUCUAUAAACCAGCGGUGCAACUGGACCAUCCAAGCAACAAGAGGCAACACUGUGAACUACACAUUUUUUAGCAUUGAUUUGGAACAUCACAGAGACUGCUCCACAGAUUAUUUAGAGCUCUAUGAUGGACCAAAUCGGAUAGGACGCUAUUGCGGAGCAAAUAUCCCUCCAGCAGGGAGUACUACAGACUCUAAGCUUCAAGUGCUGUUCCAUACUGACUGGGUUGGUCACCAGGAGAAAGGAUUUCAGAUGCAGUGGUUCGUUCACGGUUGUGGUGGAGAGUUGUCUGGACCCACAGGCUCCUUCAGCAGCCCUGGAUAUCCUGAUGGCUAUCCACACAGCAAGGAGUGUAUCUGGUACCUUAGCACUGCCCCAGGGAGUAGCAUUCAGCUCACCAUCCAUGACUUUGAUGUGGAGUUUCAUACAAGCUGCAACUAUGAUGCCUUAGAG